AUGGCCGACUCAGACUACAUCCUUUACUCCUACUUCCGCUCCUCCUGCUCAGCCCGCCUGCGCAUCGCCCUGAAUCUGAAAUCCAUCCCUUACACCACGGUGCCAACCAACCUUCUCAAAGACGAACACCUCUCCUCAACCCACCGCGCCCUCAACCCCUCCGCCAGCGUCCCCCUCCUCAUAAGCCGCUCCGCCGCAGAUUUCAAAGUCACCCAGUCCGUCGCCGCCCUUGAAUACCUCGAAGAAACCCACCCAUCGGCCACGCCCUUGCUCCCCAAGGACGCAAAGACGCGCGCCGUGGUCCGGAGCCUGGUCAACAUCAUCGCCUGCGACACGCAGCCUGUGACCAAUAUGCGCAUCAUGAGGCGGGUGCGGGCGAUGGGCGGAAACGCGGAACAGUGGAACCGCGAGCUCAUUGCUGAUGGGUUUGCGGCGUACGAGGCUGUGGCAAAGGAGUGGGCGGGGAAGUGUUCUGUUGGCGACGAUAUCUCCUUGGCGGAUGUGGCUUUGCUGCCGGCGUAUUGGAAUGCUGAAAGGUUUGGGGUUGAUGUGAGUGCGUAUCCGACCAUCAGGAAGGUUGCAGAGGGUUUGAAGGACCACCCAGCGGUUGCCAAGGCGCACUACUUUAACCAGCCGGACACCCCAGAUGAACUGAGGACGAAGUAA